GUAUGACCUUCCAGUGCAGCUGCGCCUGCGAAGGCUGCACAAGGCAAGUGAACGGUAGGGAGCUGUCAAACGUCGAAUCUAGAAGCGAUUUAAACGUGUAAACCCACCGUAAAUGGGUUUAUCACCACACCAGGAGUCACUCACGUCGCUCCCGUUUACCUCGACCGAUUGUUGUGGAUGGAUUAUAUUAUUCAAGUCUCACCAAGAAGCCUUGCAACGCCCAGUCAGCAGCGACAGCCAUAGCUCCGUCAUUGACGCUGGAGAAUACUGUAAUCUGCCCCUGCAAUGGCCGUCUUUAGUCACCAGGUGCUCCUUGCAGUUACAAGAUCAAGGGGAUCAUAUUUGUUGUCCAAGAGGCACAGCUGCUCCUCUCUGUCUUCCAAAGCCUAUCUCCACAUAGACCCUGCUCGCCACUUUUCGCCCUCACUCACACUCAGGCACUCCCGCUAUGGCUACCCCCACUGUUACCGAGGCCACGCCAUCAGUCGUGGCCACAGCUCCGCCCUGCUCGCCCGCUCUCUGCACAGCUCAGGGGUUUGGCUCCAAGACGUAAAGCAGGAGAACACUAAACUCUCACCAGCUGCUACCCAGGAUGCUGCUUCUGGAGCAAAAAAGGACUCUGUGGCUGCUGCACCCCAGUCCUCGCCUCCAUCAGCUCCCACUCCAACUCCCAGCUCCACCGUCUCAGCGGCCGCUGUCCCUCCGGUGCAGGAGAAGGCAGUCUUGAAAAAGUCUCUGUAUCAGAGGAUUGUGGAUGAGUUGAAGCAUUACUACAAUGGCUUCCGGUUACUUGGCAUCGACAUCAAGAUUGCAGGCAGGAUGGUGUGGAGGCUGUUGCAUGGACAAGUGCUCACACGCAGGGAGAGGAGAAGGCUGAUGAGGACCUGCGCUGACCUUUUCCGUCUGGUGCCCUUCAUGGUGUUUAUCAUCGUUCCUUUCAUGGAGUUCCUUCUUCCGGUAUUCCUCAAACUCUUCCCAGAGAUGCUGCCCUCCACCUUCGAGACAGAGUCCAAAAAGGAGGAGAAGCAGAAGAAGGGGCUGGCAGCUAAGCUGGAACUGGCCAAGUUUCUCCAAGAGACCAUCGCUGAGAUGGCUCGAAGGAAUAAAGCAAAAGCUCAGACACAAGACGAGACGCAGCGUUUCUCCACAUAUGUUCAGAAGGUUCGGGGAACAGGUGAGCAGCCCACAACGAAGGACAUAGUCCGGUUCUCAAAGCUGUUUGAAGACGAGCUGACGCUUGAGCACCUAGAGCGCCCCCAGCUGGUGGCUCUGUGUAAGCUGCUGGAGCUGCAGCCAAUCGGCACAAACAACCUGCUGCGUUUUCAGCUGAUGAUGCAACUGAGAACCAUCAAGUCAGAUGAUGAGAUGAUUGCAGCAGAGGGUGUGGCGGCUAUGAGUGUGUCAGAACUGCAGGCAGCGUGUCGUAGUCGGGGGAUGAGGUCUCUGGGUCUCACCUCUGACCAGCUACGUCUGCAGCUGCAGCAGUGGCUGGACCUGCACCUGAAGGAAAACGUUCCUCCAUCGCUGCUUCUGCUCUCCAGAGCCAUGUAUCUGACGGACCUCAAACCAAAACCCCCUGUCAUCCCGCCUGUUCCCAAACUCGAGAAGGCUACUCCUCCUCCAGUGGAGAACACAGGAGCAAACACACCCUCAGUCAGUACUGACAUGUUGGCAGACCCUGCUCUCAUCAUCAAAGACAGACCGGUGGAGGAGAUGAGAGACAAGGCCCCUGUGGUGAUGGACAAACCUCUCACUCCUGCUGAAGUCCUUCAGGCUAAAGCAGCGACAGAGGUGUCCCAGAAGAGCAAGAUGAGUGCCAAUGGUGUGUAAAGAAGAGCAGGAGCUUCGGGACAGAAGGGAGGGAUGGACCCACACAGCCUUGUGUCCUCUGUGGACGGAAGGUCUGCUGUCUCUUCUGCUUGGCCUCAGCAGCUGCUUCUUCGUACCCUCGACCCUCGGCUUUUCACAUUUUUGCACUCCGUUCUCCAUAGCUCUCUGUCAGAGCUGGACAAAUCAGCCUGAAAUUUCACUGGACUGGCAGCCCACUGAUGGUCUGAUUUCUUUGACCUUGUCUUGGAAAUGAAGCCCAAGCCGCCCAUGACAUAUCCAGGUCUACUGUCUGUUUGACGGUGUCUCCUUACGGUCUAGACGGUCUCCUCCUCCUCCUCCUGUAAAUUUGUAAAUAUCCUGUAUAUUUUUUGUCUCUUAACAGUCUUGUUUUAUUUGGAUACCUUUUUGCUCAUGUUCAAGAUGUGGGAAAAGUCAUCAGUUUUUCAGAAAUACUUUGCUGAAAGUUUUGGUUCAGUAGGUGUCCCAUGUCAGGAAAGCAAGCAGGACCAUGCUGAUGUACUGAAGCAGACACCAAAAGAUUUUCACAUUCUGAGCCCGUGUUUCAGUAAAGUGCAAAGGUUCGGUCAAAAUGACAUCGUCUCUUUUUGUCAGCUGGUGUGGGGGCAGAUUUGGACUGGUCCUGCCUCUGAGCUUGGUGGACAUUGCAUAGUUGCUUGCUGCGGUAAUUAGCAAAUGUAGUCUGCUUUGUUCUUCAGAGAGCAGUCACUCCUUAAACCCAGAGGUGACUAUGGUGAGGUGUAGCCUGGCUCCGCCACUGAAUGGACGGUCUGUAGAAAAAUGCAGUUUAUUUGCAUAUAUAGUGUAUAUAUUGUGUUUUAACACUAUGAUGCAAAUGACAUCUUAAAAUUAAACGAGAAAAUACUUGAUUUUUUUUUUGCAUAAAGUUAUGUUAUUGACAUGGAAGAGAAGCUUAAAUCCUGAAGCCACAGAUGAGAUUGUUAUUUUUGAUAUUGUGGCACUAAAAGAGGUAAAUGUAUAGCAUUAAGACGGAUUUGCCUAAAUGUUCAUUAAGCUCUCAUAAAUAUGUGACCCUAGAAGUUGUUAAUGGAUAGUUUACCACAUAAAUGUGUAUUGCAUAAAAUGCAGUUUUGCAGUGUUAAAGAUUUUGCAGUCCUCCCAUCCGCUUUAUACCUUUGACAUUGUUGGAGUAACUGACUUCAUUGCAGCUCAAUGAAAUUUUAUCUCCAUGCCAUUUUUUCCUCAUUGACAUCCACCCAUGGGCACCUCCCAGAUAUGGGAUCCAUGAAUAAAAGGAUAUUUUUUAAACAAAGAGACUGCUAAUGAAGAUUUAUAUUAUUGGUUUUACAUAUGUGCCUAAGGUUAAAGGGCGGUUAAGGGUUUGCAUUUAUCGUCAGAGCAGAUAUUUUCCAUAUUGCAUCAUUGUCCGUUUGUGUUUUGGUUUGAUUAUUCACCAUAGUGUGUUCUGAGCGCCCAGUUGCACCUUUUCUCUUCAGUGGAAUGUCUCCUUUUCCCUUACCCAGCUGAUCCAAGUAUCAAUCCAAACCCAAAUGAAUCCUUUCCUCAUAGUCACAAGUGCUGGAACUGCUGAAAAAGCGACCACCUUUUCAGUCAGCUCUGCGCUCGUGAUGCAAAAGGAUUGAGAAAUAAAAUUAAAAAGACUUAGAACAUUUAUCUCUGGUUUGCCACCUGCUGCCAUAUAUAUAAAACAAAAAAAAAAACAUUCAAGAUUUCCCAGCAUGUUGGGAUGUGAACUGAUUUAUGCAACGUUUAGAGCAGUGGGUGCAAGUUUUUCUCACUUUACGCAUUUGAUGACUGGUGCCGUCUACUAAACAAAUGCACAGCAACUAAGUAAUGGUGAUGACUGGUCUCCUUUUUUUUUUCCUGCUGUGCCUCUGAGACCUGCCAGACUGAAAAAUGUUGAAAAUGUCUUUCCUCAGUUAUUGGACACCUCUUGCAUAGUGUUUGUUUGCUCUUCAUUCAUUAGCCUCAUAGUGUGUGUGCUGACAACGCUGUACCCGUCUGGAAACUAUUAUUACCUGCUGCUAUCAGGGAUGAAUUGAUACAUCAGUGACAUCAUGAUGUGUCCCCUCUGUUCACUUUCUUUCAGUUCAAAAUUGCACUACUGUCCAGUUACUUCUAACGCUGCAUUUAAUUCAUGCAUCACAUUACCAUGGCAAAUGAGUUACGAAAAAAAAAAAACAGUCACAUGAUUAAAACCGUGAACCCUUUGAA